CUUUGACAUAAAUUUUGUAACCGAAUUCAUAAAACCUCUAACCAAUUCAUUACACUUAAUGUAUAUAUAAAUUUAGAUUAUAGAUGAAGCUAUGUCGCUCCCAGAUAGGUUAGGAAAUCGCUCAGUUCUGGAUUUGGAUUUCAAUGGAUUUAGCCAAGAAUUUCACGGCUAUACCAUGGUACAGAGAGUCGCCACAGAUGAGCGUCCCUUCGAGACACCCUCGUCGGAUGAGAGCGGCCUGGGGAGAGAUUCACCCAGCGAUGCCUCGGAACCAGAGGCAGCACUGGUGGUACCACCAGAUGGUGGUUGGGGAUGGGUUGUGGUAGCGGCAUCAUUUAUGUGUAAUUUCAUUGUAGAUGGGAUUAUUUUUUCCGGUGGGAUGCUGCUGACUCCCAUACAAAAAGAGUUUAAUGCUAGCGAUGGACAAGUGGCUCCGGUUAAUUCUUUACUGGCUGGGUUUUAUCUUUUAGCUGGCCCUUUUGUUUCUGCUUUAGCAAAUAAAUAUGGUUUCCGUGUGGUGACAAUAGUCGGCAGUCUCAUAUCAAGUGCCGCCUUCGCUAUCUCUUAUUUCGCCACCAGCGUCGAGUACCUCUAUCUGGUUUAUGGCGUCAUGGGAGGAAUUGGUUUCUGCAUGGUAUACAUGCCCUCUGUGCUUACGGUCGGGUUCUACUUCGAGCGAUGGCGCGCGCUGGCCAUGGGACUGGCGCUCUGCGGUUCCGGAGUCGGUACCUUCGUGUUCGCGCCUCUGACAGUCGCGCUCAUCGAUGGGCUAGGCUGGAGGAUUACUCUUGUUGUACACGCUGGUUUGGUUCUACUAUGUCUCAUCUUUGGAGCUAUGUUCAGACCGAUUAACCCAGUGAGGGUAACACUAGCUAGUCAACCGGAAGAAGAUGCAUCUCGUCGUCAUGAACAGGCCGUGGAAAAAUUAAAUUCAAUGUUAAAACUUCACAACAAACUCGACUCCGGUAUCUCGAUGCCACCAGAGAUGAAAUUCACGAAUAAAGUCAGUCCACACACUUGGGUAGGUGUUGCAAACAAUACUCGCUAUCCGACAGCCGAAGAAGUAUUUCGAGGAAGCAACUCACAUCUCAGCAGACGAUCGUCGGCAACAGCGAGCACACUAAAGAAUCACGGCAGCAAACCUAUUCAUUUUAUUGCGGUCCCAGUUGCAGAAAAGGAUGAACAAGAAGACUCUAAUGGCAAUAAUGAUAACGUUGAACCUCUGCUACCCGAAUCUGUUAAAGUCGUCAAGGAUGUUAAAUCUCGUCGUUCUAACGUUGACUUAGUUGCGAGACCACUCUACCGCGAUGAUAUCUUUUUCGACGGCAGUCUUGCAAGACUACCUCAGUAUACUUCUCGUACUUCUUUGGGUUAUCACUUACACGUAACUCACGUCCCUACUCAAGAAGAUACUCAUGAAGAAAGCUCAGGAAAAUGUCGGGUUUGCCCCGAAGCUGUACGACGCGCCUUGGCUACCAUGUUGGAUGUCAGCUUGUUUAAAUCACCGACUUUUAUAAUACUAACUAUCAGCGGAUUCUUCACAAUGUUGGGCUUCUUCGUGCCUUACAUGUAUGUCAAGCAAAGGGCAGAAUUUAAUGGUGUUGGAAAAGCGAGUAGUGUUAUGUUGGUGUCUGCCAUCGGAGUUUCGAACAUUAUUGGUCGUAUUGCUUGCGGUCUGGUCUCUUCAAUGCCUAAAGUAUCUCCUCUAUGGUUAAACAAUAUAGCCCUCUCUGCUGGCGGGAUUGCGACCAUGAUGAGUGGUCUCUGCUAUGAUGAUUUCUAUCAGUUUGGAUACUGUAUUAUUUUUGGACUUUCAAUUGCAUGCUUUGCGUCACUUCGAUCGAUCAUGGUGGUGGAAUACAUUGGACUGGAACAUCUGACGAACUGCUUCGGGCUGUUCCUACUGUUCCAGGGUUUUGGCGCUUUGCUGGGCGCGCCCAUCGUCGGCGCCCUUAUGGAUAUGACAAAGAGUUAUGACAUUUCAUUUUACGUAUCUGGCGGUUUCCUUCUCUUCUCUGCUGUGAUGUGCUAUCCCGUUGAUUACAUCAGUCGAUGGGAAAAGUCAAGAAACAAACUUGUUUCAACACCAAAAGUUUAAAUACUAUUAUUCUUCGAUUCUGUGGACAAAGUGAGAAAAUCUACAAAAACUGUAACGGAACCUGACAUUUUUUAAUAACUUUGGUCCGUUUUAGGACACUUGAAAAAUAUUUAUAUAUCAUUUUGACAUUUUUGUGCUACGCCACACUGCCUUGUAUUUUAUUUAAUUUAGACUUCGUAGUACAGUAAUUUUUUUUUUGAGAUUUUGGUAACUUGAGUGGAAGUAAAGGUAUUUUUAUUAUUUUUACGGGACAUUUACAUUCCGUAAAAAAAAUUAAAAUGAUUGUUGUAUAAAAUUAAAAAAAAAGAAACAAAUUGUAUAAUGUUACAUAAAACCGUACUUAUAGCUGUUUCAUUUUUACAUAAAAUUGUAAAACUAAUAUUGUUAAGCUUAGAUAAGUAAAAUACAAUAAAAACAUAUCUAUUGUA